AUGUUUGCGAAGUUGGAAGAUUGUGUGGAUAGCUCUGGGGCAUCGGCACCGGGUCCUCAGUCGACCACACGGGGCGGUGCAUCGACAUCACUGCCUGUAGUAGCAGCGGUAGUUCUACCUCCCGAGCCAGAACGUGCUGAGGUUGAGUUUGAGGUUGGACCGGAUCGAGUUGAGAAUGUGUUUUGUGAUGAUGAUUCCGAUGAGGAGCCGCUCGAUAUUGGUGGGGACAGUGAAGAUGAUAUACCAAUAGGUGCAGCCCAUAGAGGUUCCGGUUCUGGAACACAAGAGUACCCUCCGCACCUGUCGUCUUUGAACUUGAAGGCCAUCGGUCAACACCAGAAUGUUGAGGCAACAUUCGAUGGACAGGGUAUGCAUGAUGGGACAGGUUUGACUGAAUUUCAGAUUGGCCAAUCGUUCCAGAGUAAGGAGGAAGCUAUGCUGAGCGUGAAAGAUUACAGCAUUCGGCGUGGAGUUGAGUACAGGGUUAUGGAGUCAGACAGUCUAAAAUACCAAGGGAGAUGCAAGGAGUUCGGUAACGGAUGCACGUGGUUGAUCUGGAUAGUCAUGCGAAAAAGGAAGAGCACAUGGAAAGUUAGGAGGUACAACGGACCACACACGCGUAUGGCCACAUCGAUUUCGAGCGACCACAGGCAGCUUGAUUAUCAUGUGAUUUGUGCAAGAAUCUUUCCAUUGGUUAGAGCUGAUGCGUCGGUAUCGAUUAAGGUGUUGCAAGAGGCAACAGAGGCAACAUAUGGUUUCAAGCCAAGUUAUCGGAAAGUGUGGUUGGCAAAGCAGAAGGCAGUAGCACAGAUCUACGGCGAUUGGGAGGAGUCAUAUGCGGAUCUGCCCCGAUGGAUCCUUGGGGUGACAUCCACCAUGGACGGUUCCAUUGCCCUGCUGAAGACCUCCCCGGUUAUAGUGGGUGACCAGGUUGAUGAAGAUAGACUCUACUUUCAUCGCAUGUUUUGGACAUUCCCUCCAUGUGUUGAGGCAUUCUGCCACUGUAAGCCACUCGUCAGUAUUGAUGGGACACAACGGCAUCAAGGCUGCGCUGGAGUCACCAGAUAG